CCCAUGCAGGCAAUCAUAAAGUUUGUUGGUAGCAGUAGACAGCGGGUACUACUGCCAAUCAUCUGCCCACUGUUUCCUUUAUCGCGUACUGUGCGUCCCCGCGACUGCCCGCAAGCGCCGGUUUCGCUUACUGGACUUCCUGUUUUCGAUCGAUAUAUAUUAGACCAACAAAUAACAGGGGUGAAAGUUUUAGGUCUACACACGAGUACUGCCAUGGCGGCGAAGGCGUUUACGAUCGGCGGCAUCGGCGCGCAGCCAAGCCUUGACGACGUCGUCAAAAUUGCACAGGGAGGCCUUGUUGUCGCGCUGGAUGCCGCUGGUGCAGAGCGCGUCAAAAAAGAGUCCCCUGCGCCCAAGUCCUUCCAACCAGAGACAUUCGUGCCAUCACCCGAUGCCGCCACUCCGCCCCAACAGCUACUGGACGUGCAGCAAACCCGCGCCGUCCUCGCCACCCGCCUGCUCACCGUCAUGAAUGGCCGCAGCGGCACGCGCGUGCAGGUCGCCGACUACCUCGUGGAGAUGCUCAACAAGAACAUCCUCCCCGCGCUGCCCGCAGCCUCCGCAGACCCCGAGGUGCUCUCCCGCCUCGCGGACGUCUGCCACGGCGCUGGCGCCACCGUUACUCCCCUCCCGCCAUCUGGGUCGGAGCCAUCCUCAGCCCCUGCUGACGGCAACAGCAGCUGCCACAGCGGCUCGUCGCGCCACCCGCCCGCGGGCCCCUUCACCGGUCCCGCGCUGUCCGAGGCGCUCAGCCAGGCGGGGCUCACCCCGCCCGGGCUGAGCGGCGCGGAGCGGGUGGUGCUGGGCAGCGGCUGCUGCGCCUCCGCGGGUGUGGGUGCGCUGGCGGUGCAGGGCGGCAAGCAGCUGCAGUCGCUGGCCACGGCGGUGGCGGCGCUGUCGUGCGAGGCGCUGGGCGUGCAGACCAAGUCCUUUGAGGCCGACGUGGUGGAGGCUCAGGGCUACAAGGGCGCGGUGGCUGCUGCGGACGAGCUGCGCGGGCUGCUGGAGGGCUCCAAACGGGUGGACACGCUGAAGGACAAGGGGGCGGCGCCCGGGGAGCUGGCGCCCUUCACUGCCGCACCGCAGCGCCUGGGCGCCCUGUCAGAGGCCCUCUCCGCCGCCUACACCUGCGUGCGCAGUGAGGUGCAGAGCGGCGCGCUGCCCCCCCGCGGCACCGCCCCCCUCGCCGCCCCCUCCCCCCUGCUACCCACCUGCAUGCUGGACCUGUCCCGGGCGCUGCUGGCGACGGCGCGGGACAGCGCGGCGCGGUGCCGUGCGGUGGUGCGGGGCGUGGGCGGCAGUGGCGGCUGCGGGGCGGGUGCGGGCGGGCUGGAGGAGCAGCUGAGCGGGACGGUGGAGGGCGGCAUUGCGGCGGCGCAGGCGCAGAUGGCGGCGGUGGGGCGGGUGAUGAUGGAGGAUGUGGAUGCCAUGCCGGG